AUGAGGCACGUUUAUGAGCCUCGCAAGUCUGGUCAAAUGUACCAGGACAUCGUGCGCCUACAUUCUCCUGAUGGCGGCGAUUGCAUCGCACCAGCUGUAUUGCAGAAUAUCGACCGCAAAGAUGACCUUCGGUGGCCAGGCGCUCGGGCAGCGUUUCGUUUACUUAAGUUCGAGUACGAUGGGCUCAGUUACUGGGCAUUGUCUGACUCUGAAAAUCUAGAAAGAUUCCGUCGAGACCUCACUGGAUCUGGACCUUACCACGGAUGCAUUUGGCGGGGCGGAGAGGCACCUUACAUCGCAGAAGGCACGCGUCUUACUGCGCCACUUUCUCGAGCAUUUUGCAAGCUCAGGGACCAGCAGCAAUGGUUGAACUAUCCGCCAUCUUGA